AUGGAUAAUCCAGACCAAAGCCACAAUACUUCGCUUUUGCGAGCAGCUAGCGAUGGAGACUACGAAGAACUUUGUGAGCUUUUAUCUGCACACAAAAUUGACAAGAAUAUCCUUAAUCAAUCUUUAUAUUUAGCAGUCAGCAGAUCUCAGUCCACAUCUGAUCAUCUUCACUGUGUGGAAGCCCUUUUGAAUUCUUCAGCAAAUCCCAGUCACAAAGACUCAGGGGUCUCUUUGUUAAUGCACGCAGCUAAAAUGGGACAAAUUCAGUUGGCAGAUUUGUUGAUCCGAUAUGGCGCCCCUGUUGAUGAUAAAGACAACGAAAGUAGGACGCCUUUGAUGUAUGUUUGUGAAAGCGACUAUGGGGACAACGUUGAUGUCGUUGAGUUGCUUUUGAAUUGCAAAGCUCAGGUAGACUCAAAAGAUGCUAAUGGAAACACUGCGCUUCAUAAAUGUGGAGAAAGAGGAUAUGUGAACUCUAUGAGAGCGCUGCUUGAUAGUGCUGCGUUUUUCAAUGCGCAGAAUAAGGAUAAAGACACACCGCUGCAUUUUGCUGCACGGUUUGGCCAUGAACAGUGUGUGGAGUUGCUCCUGAAAUGGAACGCAAAGAUUGAUAUGAAAAAUAAUUGUGGGAAAAGCCCGUAUGAUGAAGCCUCAGAAAAUUUGAAAUUGCUGUUUUCACAGUCAUCAGGGACACCAUUGACGAAAUCUGAUAUGAGUGAAAAUGAAGAAGUCCAGUCAGAAUCUAGUGGAGGCUAUGAAUCCAUGCCAGAGGACAAAGAAGUCCAAUGCUGUAAUUGUAAUGCAAGAAUUGCAGAAAUAUGCAAGUUUUGUUAUGAUGAAAGUGCAGAAAAAAAUGAGAUGAAGAUAAAGAAAAUUGAAGAAUUGAGUGAUUUAAGGAUAAAAAAAAUCGAAGAGCUAAAUGCAAAAAAUGAGGAACUAGAAAGUGAAAUUAAGAAGAAAAUUGAAAAUUUAGAAAUAAAAUCUGGAAAAAUUGACCGUUUGAAACAAAAGAAUAAAAAACUUCAAGAGAUAAUAGUGGAAAAAGAUAAUGAAAGAAAGGAAGAAGUAGAAAAAUGUGAAAAAGCUGCUGAAGAUUUAAAAGACGAACUAGAAAGCACCAAAGAACAAAUUUUGAAUUUAAAGCAUUCAUUAAAACUGCUGAACCAAGAAAAUGAAAUGCUGAGAGAUAAGCUUGAAGAAGAGUCCAAAAGUACAGAUAAAAAUAGCAAAAAAACGAAAAGAAAAGUCACAUUCUUUCGAGAAAAAAAUAAUAAUUCAACACCCAAGCCUGAGAUCAUAAGUUUAUUGCAAGAAGACAUCUGCAACUUUAUGCAAGAAUGAGAAGCUUGACAGCAAAAACUCGAGCCUAUUUUUAACGAAAUUUGCUCAAAAAUCAGCAUUCUUGUUGAAAAAACUUUUCAAGGGGCAAGACUUGAGCCUUAUGGAAGCUUUGUAACAAAAAUGCAUUUGCCUUCAAGUGAUAUUGAUAUGGUCAUCACAAAUGUCGAAGGAGACAAAAAAGAAUUUUUAAGACUUUUGGAACAGGUGCUACAAAGGCAGUCAUACGUAAAGGAAACAGUUUUAAUAUCUCUGGCAGUUGUUCCAAUAAUUAAACUUAAAUGUGAAUUAAGUGGGAAAACAAUACAAAUGGAUAUCACAGUUCAAGAUAUAAAACACACAGGAAUUCAAUGCUGCUCAUUUGUUAACAGAGUGCAAGCGGUGUAUGGGAAUAUCAAACCGAUUUUUCUUAUUUUAAAGCAAUUGUUUUACCUUUGCGGGUACAAGGAGCCUUAUAAUGGAGGCUUAAGCAGCUAUUCUCUAUUUUUAAUGGUAGCAAGCUAUUUUCAAUCACAAAAAGAAAAGUGACGAAAAAGAAAUUCAAAUUCAAGCAAAAACUUAGGAGAAAUAUUUUACCAAAUUUUGAAAUAUUAUUCCAUUGAUUUCCAAUAUCUCACCCCAAUAUUUUGUUAUGAUCCUGAGAAUCCAGCAGAAAACCCUUUCCAAUACCCAACAGUAAAAAUAAUAUAGGAUCAAUUUCACAAGCUUAUAGUUGUUGACCCAUUAAAUAAUCUAAACAAUGUCGCUUAUCAUACCCAGCUUGAUCCAAUGAUUCAAAUAUUAAGAUUAGCCUUCAUGCAUUUAAAUCGAUCGAUUAAUUGUAAUUGCUCUGAAUCGCGGAGUCCUUUAUACAAGAUGUUCUUUGAUACUAAUUCCCCUCCUCUGUGAGUGAACAAAAAAAUUUUGUUCACUCACGAAGGGGGGUUAUUUUUUUGUUUUUAAAAACAUUUAUAUAUAAAUUUUAUAGAAUUCUAAAAUUUUAAAAAAAAUCUUAAUUUUUGCAAAAAUUGGGAAGCAAAUAUUAAUUUAAUUUAUAAAUUUUAUGUUUUAAAACGCAAAUUGUUUAAAAUUAAACAGAAUUAGCUCGAGAUUUUCAUUAUAAUAAUUAUCACUUAUAUAUCAAAUUAUUUUCAUAAAAAAAAAAUUUUUUCUAUUAAAAAAAUUUUUGUUCACUCACGGAGGGUGGGUUUUUGGACAAAAAAUAGCGAUUUUUCCAAUGGUUUUGUUCACUCACGGAGGGAGGUGGGAGUAAGCAAUAUUUCAACCUUUUAGCAUAG